AUGGGUCUGCCUCCUUCUCUGGCGCCGGCGCCGGCGACGGCGACUCUUCCUCCUCCUCCUCCUCCUCCUACCUGCGGCAGAUGGGUGCGAGGGCGCUGCAUAGGGAGUGGUUCGUUCGGAACGGUCAGCCUCGCCAUCGACGAGUCCAGCGGAGGGAUUUUCGCCGUGAAGUCCGUAAGGCUGGAGGGCGGCGUCGCCGCUUCUUGUUCUUCCUCCUCUCUAGGGUCCGCGGUUCAGUCCCUGGAGAACGAGAUCCAAAUUCUCCGCUCCCUCAGCUCGCCGUACGUCGUCUCCUACCUUGGGGACGGCACCACGACGGAGCUCGCCUCGGGGACGUACAGGAACCUGCUCAUGGAGUAUGUGCCCGGCGGAACGGCGGCGGAGUUGUCUGCUCGCUGGCGUGCAGGCGGCGGCGCCGUGGACGAGCCGGCGGUCCGCUCCUACGCCCGCUGUCUGUCGCUUGCCCUCCAGUACCUCCACGGCGUUGGGGUCGUCCACGGCGACGUUAAGGGCCGGAACGUCCUCGUGGGCUCCCACUGGGGCGAGGCCAAGCUCGCCGACUUCGGCUCGUCAAGGAGGAUCUCCAGCACGGCGGCGGCGAACUCCUCGGGCACGCCACUGUGGAUGGCCCCGGAGGUCGUCGCUGGCGAGGCGACAUCGCCGGCGUCCGAUGUCUGGUCGCUGGGCUGCACGGUCAUCGAGAUGGUCACCGGGAAGCCGCCGUGGAAGGUGACCGACCACGAGGACGCCGGCGGCGUGCUGCUCAGGAUCGCUCUCGGCGACCAGGUGCCGGAAUUCCCGGCGGAGCUGUCGAAGAGCGGCCGAGAUUUCCUCGACAAAUGCCUGAAGAGGAACCCCGUCGAACGGCUGUCGUGCGAGCAGCUCCUCCGGCACCCUUUCCUCUCCGAAGCCCCGGCGCUCCAGGAGCCGUCACCGAGGAGCGCCCUCGAUUGGACAGCUUUCGGGUUCGACUCGGAGGAAGACGACGACGAGAAGAAGCCCGGCUGGAGCGUCCUCACCGUCAACCCCUCGGAGAAUUCUAUCGAGGAGUUGAAGGCGAGGAUGAGGGAUUUGGCUUCAAACCGGGAGGACAUUUGGGAAGACGGUGAGGACUGGGAGCUGGUCAGGCCCGUUUGUCAGGACGAGGAAGGACACACCGCGUUGGCCGGCGGCGGAGAACGGUCUCCCGGCGCCUCGCCGGAGGAGAACCUCGAUUUCCAGGAGAAACAAGGGGAAUUUUGCGGCGGCGGCGGCGGCAGUAGCUGUGGUUCUUCCGAUGGGAUAGGAUACCCAUCUCCGGCAAGGGAUCGCAGCUCAGAUCGUCCCUCUCGUCGCGCGUGCCGGCGGUGGAGCAGGAGAGCAGUGGAUCCUUUGGGGAGCGCCCCCAUUCAUUCGUUGUCCCCUCUUCUCCACUGGGGAGAUGCCCCGACCAACCACUGCUUCUACGAUCUUCUGUCCCCCUUUUUCUCGCCCGGCCCCCAAUUAGGGUUCGAAUUUCUAAAUCUCUGUCGGAAAUCUAAGUCCUGGAUGCCAUUAUCGUCUUCGGAAUCCGGUGCCGUUCGUAUAGAAUCGGACGGUCGUCCGGGCAUCAGCCACCAUCCCCACACUGAUCGAGGCCCUCUAACGGCGGGAGGAGCGGCCCGGCCUAUUUCUCCGCGGCUUGAACGGCCCUAA